AGGAAAGCAUUCCAAGGAAAAUAUCACACGUGACCUGGUGGUUGCCAUAGGCGGUCGUGACUCCUCCAUUUGGGCGUCGGACCCCAAGCCUCUAUCCCAGCCCUCGAAACCCCGAGCCCUAAUCUCGCUCUCCUCCCUCCCCCUCUCGAAAACCGUAGCCUCUGCUCCAGAGAUCCGGUGGCCGCCAUGGGUUCCAAGGACGAAGCGAAGGCCAGGGAGCACGACGGAGCGAGCCCCGGAAAGAUCUUUGUUGGAGGACUUCCCAAGGACACGAGCAUUGCUACAUUUACAAAGCAUUUUGGGAAGUAUGGCGAGAUUAUAGACCAUGUGAUAAUGAAAGAUAAAUACACAUCGCAACCAAGGGGUUUUGGUUUCAUCACCUAUGCUGAUCCUACCGUUGUUGAUAAAGUAAUUGAGGAUACCCAUAUAAUCAAUGGAAAACAGGUUGAAAUCAAAAGAACCAUCCCAAAAGGCUCUGUGCAAUCGAAGGAUUUUAAAACAAAAAAGAUCUUUGUUGGUGGGAUCCCAUCAAUGGUUACAGAAGAUGAAUUCAAGGAUUUCUUUUCAAAAUAUGGGAAAGUGGUUGAUCACCAGAUUAUACGUGAUCAUGCAACCAACCGCCCUCGAGGCUUUGGCUUUAUUAUUUUUGAUUCUGAACAAGUUGUAGAUGAUUUAUUAACGAAGGGCAAUAUGAUUGAUCUGGCUGGUUCUCAGGUGGAGAUCAAGAAGGCUGAACCAAAGAAAGCCUCAAACCCACCACCUCAUGCAUAUGGUAGUGAACCUAGGUCUCGUUCUUUUGGUGAUGGCUUUGGUGAUUUUGGCAACUCUUAUAGCAGUUUUGGUGGCGGCGAAUUUGGCCCGGCUUCCUAUAGGACCUCUGGAGGUCUUGGUGGUAGGUUUGGUGGUUAUGGUGGCUAUGGUGCUGGUGGUGGUGAAUUUGGUGGUGGAUAUGGUGGUUUUGGUGGAGGAUUAGGGGGUUACCGAGGAGAAUCUUCUCUUGGUUACUCCAGUCGCCUUGGAUCAUAUGGAGGGUUUGGUGGGGGAUAUGGUGGAGGGGGCUUAGGUGGCUAUGGGCGUGGCGACGAGGGAUUUGGUGGGUAUGGAAGUUCUAGCUAUGGUGGUGGAUAUGAUUCUGGCCCAAGUGCUGGUUAUGGCUCUGGUGGACUGUAUGGUAGUAGGGCAGGCUAUGGUGGUGGUGCUGGUCGAUAUCACCCAUAUGCAAGGUAGGAAAGAGGCCAGUUUCUUCCAGCUAAACUUUGUUAUAGACAUUUUUCAUUACAGGUUUCACUAGUUACUGGGAUGCAAGGUUGUGCCAGGUUCCGUAGAUGCUAUAGAAGGGUCUCUCAGACUGUUGAGCUCCGGCUUGCUAGUUUGCUUAUUUAGAGUGCUAUCAGAGUCAUGUAAUGUUUAGAAACCCGAACUAGAUGAUCUAUGGAUUGUGUUUUUUUGUUUGGUUAUUUGUAGACUUUAGAAUUUCAUGUAGCUUGGGAUGUACUCUGUAGAAUGCUGUAGCAUCAAUAUUUUAGGCCUUUAUGUGUGCCCUUUGGUUCUUAA